AUGACACCCGUCCACGUGACACCUGUCUAUAUGACACCCGUCCAGGUGACACUCGUCCACGUGACACCUGUCUAUGUGACACCCGUCCAGGUGACACCCGUCUAUGUGACACUUGUCCAGGUGACACCUGUCCAGGUGACACCCGUCCUCGUGACACCCGUCCACGUGACACCCGUCCACGUGACACCUGUCCACGUGACACCCGUCCACGUGGCACCCGUCCAGGUGACACCCGUCCACGUGACACCUGUCUAUAUGACACCCGUCCAGGUGACACUCGUCCACGUGACACCUGUCUAUGUGACACCCGUCCAGGUGACACCUGUCCAGGUGACAACCGUCCUCGUGACACCCAUCCACGUGACACCCAUCCACGUGACACCCGUCCACGUGGCACCCGUCCAGGUGACACCGCUCUAUGUGACACCCGUCCAGGUGACACCCGUCCAGGUGACACCUGUCUAUGUGACACCCGUCCAGAUGACACUCGUCCACGUGACACCCGUCCACGUGACACCUGUCCACGUGACACCCGUCUACGUGGCACCCGUCCAGGUGACACCCAUCCACGUGACACCUGUCCAGGUGACACCUGUCCACGUGACACCUGUCUAUGUGACACCCGUCCAGGUGACACCCAUCCACGUGACACCAGUUCAAGUGACACCCGUCCAUGUGACACCUGUCCAUGUGACACCCGUCUAUGUGACACCCAUCCAGGUGACACCUGUCCAGAUGACACCCGUCCACGUGACACCUGUCUAUAUGACACCCGUCCAGGUGACACUCGUCCACGUGACACCUGUCUAUGUGACACCCGUCCAGGUGACACCCGUCUAUGUGACACUUGUCCAGGUGACACCUGUCCAGGUGACACCCGUCCUCGUGACACCCGUCCACGUGACACCCGUCCACGUGACACCUGUCCACGUGACACCCGUCCACGUGGCACCCGUCCAGGUGACACCUGUCCAGGUGACACCCGUCCACGUGACACCUGUCUAUAUGACACCCGUCCAGGUGACACUCGUCCACGUGACACCUGUCUAUGUGACACCCGUCCAGGUGACACCCGUCUAUGUGACACUUGUCCAGGUGACACCUGUCCAGGUGACACCCGUCCUCGUGACACCCGUCCACGUGACACCCGUCCACGUGACACCUGUCCACGUGACACCCGUCCACGUGGCACCCGUCCAGGUGACACCUGUCCAGGUGACACCCGUCCACGUGACACCUGUCUAUAUGACACCCGUCCAGGUGACACUCGUCCACGUGACACCUGUCUAUGUGACACCCGUCCAGGUGACACUUGACCAGGUGACACCUGUCCAGGUGACAACCGUCCUCGUGACACCCAUCCACGUGACACCCGUCCACGUGGCACCCGUCCAGGUGACACCGCUCUAUGUGACACCCGUCCAGGUGACACCCGUCCAGGUGACACCUGUCUAUGUGACACCCGUCCAGAUGACACUCGUCCACGUGACACCCGUCCACGUGACACCUGUCCACGUGACACCCGUCUACGUGGCACCCGUCCAGGUGACACCUGUCCACGUGACACCCGUCUACGUGACACCCGUCCAGGUGACACUUGUCCAGGUGACACCUGUCCAGAAGACACCCGUCCAGGUGACACCCAUCUACGUGACACCUGUCUAUGUGACACCUGUCCAAGUGACACCCGUCCACGUGACACCUGUCUAUGUGACACCCGUCCACGUGACACCUGUCUAUGUGACACCCGUCCAGGUGACACCCAUCCAGGUGACACCUGUCCACGUGUCACCCGUCUAUGUGACACCCAUCCAGGUGACACUUGUCCACGUGACACCUGUCUAUGUGACACCUGUCUAG